AUGAACAAUCUUCAACGCCGUUCCCACUUAGGUCUGCAUGAGAUGGCUCAGCUAGUCAAAUUCUUCAAACAGCUAGAAAGUGUGCUCCUCCUCAUGAGCACCAUUAGCCGAAGGUUGUGCGUCUUCUGUCGCAAUAACAACGAAACUUUUGAGGUCUACUCUAGCCACAAGUUAAAGGAUGAACUGGGAAGAGUAACAUGUCCAGUUCUGCGAAAACUUGUGUGUCCUCUCUGCAACGCUACAGGAGAUAAGGCGCAUACACCUCGCUACUGUAAACGGAAUACGUCUGAAUUCCCGGCUAAAACAUUGGCAAAUAAAUUUUAA